AUGAGUUCGGAAAGGCUAAAACAGGAGUUCAACUCCAGGAAGAAGGGCAUCUUAGGAGCUCUUUCAUCUGGCACGGAUGCAUCCCCUAAAGGGAGUGUGGACAAACAAAUCAUACCUAUUAUGGAAUUAUUGAAUUCCCAUCCCGGCACAGUAACCACAAGCAGUUGUUCUGGAAGAGUGUCUGUGUUCCUCGAAGGCAGAAAACAGAGCUCCACCGCAUCAGCGUCUCAGCAAGAACGUGAGACAGACGUCGCAACAGCAGGGGGUAAAGGUGGCGAUGGGAGAUGGCUCUUUGUCACGCACGAUAACUUGUUAGACGAUAUUCUACAGGAGAGCCGGGAUGACAAUGCCUUUCUAAAUACAAUAUUUGGCGGCAUACCAUCAGAACCAGCUGCCACACAGCUAAUUGGCGAGUUAUCGACUGGGACAAGAUAUGUCCAUUUCAAAUUUGAGCCAAUGAUCCUCCAUGUUCUAACAGAAACAUUAGAGAUUGCCAAUAGAUUGCUCACAUGCGCAAUAUCCAGCUCCUUCCGAGAGUCUGGGAUCGUCAGCCCUUUAAAAAACCCCAUUGUCGCAAUACGGACCAUGGGAUUAGCUUUUGAUGCCCCUGUUGGAAUCUAUGAUCCGGAAAAGAACGUGAUUCAAAGGUUCAUGGACCCACCAGGGCUCAGAGUGCUGGCGCGGCUCACGGGCGACCGCUUUCGAGAGAAUUCUAGACGCAUUGACUCCCUGUACAAAACUUUACUAUCCGCGAUGGAAGCACCCGAAACGCCCCUGGAGUCAAAGAAAACACGGGCUUUUAGGAAGAAGGCGGAGGGGAUGGACAAAGGGAGGAAACUUGCCGCCACCCGAGAAGCUCGGGUUGAGACCGACCCGCUAGAGGACGGCAUUUCCUUCCAGGAAGAAGUUAUGUGA